CAUAUAACCACAGUCCACAACCCUAAAAAGAAGGGGAAAUACAUUGUAUUUCAUUUCCCACGCGACCACUGUGUGUUGUUUGUUGUUGUGACCUGUUUAUACUUCACAACACAACUAAUUCCUACUACAACUGAUUCUUACUAUAAAGAAAGAUCAUAACUUUGCAAACAGAGAGAGAAAACUUAGGUGGGUUCUUCUUCAAUUUCAAGAAAAAUGGAUGUGGGUCAGAUGCGGAGACAAUGGAUGGACUACAUCAAAAACAUGUUCAUGGAGGGGUUCUUAGAUGGUCAGUUUCUGCAACUUCAACAGCUGCAAGAUGAGAAUAACCCUGAAUUUGUUUUUGAAGUUGUUUCUCUUUUCUUUGAUGAUUCUGAGAGGAUUCUCAAAGAUCUGUCUUUUGCUCUGGAGCAGCAAAGUGUUGACUUCAAAAAAGUUGAUGCUCAUGUGCAUCAGUUUAAGGGUAGCAGUGCAAGCAUAGGUGCACAAGGGGUGAAAAAUGCCUGCAUUGCUUUCCGCAACUUCUGUGAGGAACAAAACAUAGAUGCUUGCCGCAGAUGUUUACAGCAAGUGAAACAAGAGUACUUUGUUGUUAAGAAUAAGCUUGAAACAUUGUUGAGGCUCGAGCAGCAGAUAGUUGCAGCUGGCGGCUCGAUCCCUAUAAUGGAACUGAGUUUUUAAAGUGAGUGAUAUGUAAAAAUGCUUGUAUUAUGAUCCUCUUGUCUAUUGAGGAUCAUCUAUUUCUCUUAUGUCUCUUGUGAAUGUAUGAAUUUUUAUGUGGAUAGAAGCUUUCAUCCAAUGUACCUUGUUCUUCACAAGAAAACACUUUCAUAAUCUGUAAUAUUUUUCAUGCUUUAAUGAAGGGUAAUGGCACCAAUAUAAGAUA